AUAAACAGCACAGCACAGCGCAGAGCAGAGCAGAGAGAGAGAGAGAGAGAGAGAGAGAGAAAAGGGGGGAAAAUAUAAUUAAUUAAUCAAUUAUAAGAAAAUGGUGUCCCCAGUUACGGCAACGCUUCUUCCCCCCAACCCCGCAGUUAAUUAUCCUCCUUCGAUGUUCCCAGAUCAUUUCCCUGCCAAUAACAGUAACCGAAUCCCAGCAGCAGCAGCAAGAGCAAGAGUUUGUUCCAGCGGGAGGCUGCGGGUCAGGGCCACGCGCGCCGAGGCGGAGGCGGAGCAGUCGUCGGAGGCGGCACUGUACCAAGUGCUGGGCCUGCAGCAGGGACGAAGCAGCGGCAGCUUAGCCCUAGAGGACAUAAAGAAAGCGUACAGGCAGAUGGCCAGGAAGUACCACCCGGACGUGGCGCCGCCGGACCGGGUGGACGACCACACCCGCCGCUUCAUUAUGCUCAGGAACGCCUACGACACCCUCUCCCACCGGGCCUUGCACCACCAGGAGCAGCAGGAGGACGAGGACGACAACCACCACCAAAAACAAGAGUGGCGAAGGAGGUGGGAAGCUCAGCUGGCAGAGCUGAUGAUCAACGGCAGGAGGAGGACGAAUAAUCACCCUUCUUCCAGUACUUCCAGACAGCACUACUACUGCAGGAAUAAUAAUACUAAUGUUCAUUCCUGGGGAGCCGCCAUGCGAGCUGCUGCUGCUGCUUCACCAACAAGACGAUGAAUUAGGAAUUGAAGAAGAUAGUGAUGACUCGGCAACAACCUUCUUUUUGUGUGUUCUUUUUAAUUUUCUUUAAUGUUAAUGUUGACGUGUGUCGAGGCAUGUAUGUAUAUGUGGAUAACGUAAAAUUUAGAGAGAAAAGAUACGCGCGCGCGUGCCUGCGUGUAUGUAUAUAUAAUUUUACUUGUUUGAGCUCUAAUAUCCUUUAUUUGAUUCUUAUAUGUGAUUUAUCAAAUUUGAACAA